AUGGCAGAUAGCUUUAAUUCAAGAUAAAGUGGAUAAUUUUAUAAUUUUGUGGGUACAGUAGGUACGGCAUAUUUCGAAGCUGGAUCUUGUUAGGAAAAAUGGUUAAAAAUAAUAUCUCUAUUUUAGAUUGAGUUUUGGUAAAAAUUUGUUGGGUUAUGGCGAUCAAUAAUAAGGUGGGAGUUUCUUGAAUAAUAUGAAAAAUUGUCUAGAUCAAUUUUAUGAAAUGAAAAUUGAGGAUGCAGAUAAUCAGUUGAUUUAAGAAAAGUCAUCAAAUUAAUCAAGAUAGAAAUAAUCAAUACAAUCAGAAAGAAAUAGCCGAUCACAAUAUUCAGGAGAUUAAGAAUAUCGAUUAGUUUGGCUUUAAAAAUUUAUAAGUAGAAUCAGCUGACUAAAUCAACAGCAUAUUUAAACCUGAAGUAAAUUGCAAAUUCCUCAAAAUUAAUGCAAAAGCAUAUACAGAGAAAAGAUAGAAUCGUUAUUAGAAAAAAGAACUUCAAACAACAAUUCAGUGUCACUAUCGAUAACACCUAGAUCAUAAAAAAGUUAAUAAAAAUUAGAGAGAAAGAGAUUGUAGAAUUUACAAAAUGAAACAUCAAAUGAGAUUACUGACCCUACUCAAGCUAAACUGGCAAAGAACAGAGAAUCAGCCAAGAAUUCGAGAGAAAGAAAGAAAAUAUAUCAAUAAUUGCUUGAAUAAUAGGUUUCUGAACUAUAAGAAGAAAAUAAAAAACUGA